AUGUUCAAAGGUCAUGCCGAGGCUACCACCAAAAGGUUUGGAGGAAAGGGUGGUGACAAAACGGAAUUCGAAGGUGUCCGUGAAGAAGGAAUUGGAAUUCAAAUGGUGGCAGUGAAGAAGGAAUCGGAAAUCAUUGAAUUCCCGAUCCCUUUGCCACGAAGCGCGGGACCUUGGAGCAAUGUGGAAGGAGGCAAACCGUGGGAUGAUGGAGUUUUCUCCAAAGUCAAGGAAGUCAACCUUCACAUAUGUCUCGUUAACAACAUCGACAUCAUAUGUGGUGUGCAGUUUCUAUACGAGAGAAGGGAUGGUCGUGAUGUUCUUUCUACUUGGCAUGGCUCGUGUCACGGCAAAAUUAAACAGCUUAAGUUGGACGAGGACGAUUUCUUGGUCGGAGUGGAAGGAUUUUACGGGCCAAUUGAGGGAGUUGAUACGAUUAAGUCGCUCAAGUUUUAUACGAAGAAAAAGGCAUGGGGUCCUUUUGGUAGAGAGGUAGGGAAAUAUUUCAACUCGGAUAUGGGUAGCAAGGGGAUGGUUGUUGGUUUUUAUGGCUCGAGUGGAGCUCACUUGAAUGCCAUAGGUGUUCAUACGGAGUAUUUUUGA